UGAGAUUGAGCCAAAUUGAUCCCUGUGAGAUUUCCAAUAAUUGGUGAUUAGGAAAUCAUGGAAGGCUUUCCAGAGUACUGGACUCCGGAUAUUGUGGUGGGAAUUGAUUUUGGGAUGACCUAUACCGGUGUCGCGUAUUCCUCUGCUCCAGAAUGGCUACCCCCAAAGACCAUCCAGCGUUGGCCUGGGAAGCUACCCAACGAGCUCGCAAACAAAGUGCCGACAUUCAUUGAGUAUUCGAAGUCUGGCAAUGUCGAAAACUGGGGCUUUCAGUGCGAUCCAGAAGCCAAGGAAUCAGACAUUAAGGAGUUCUUCAAGCUACAUCUUGCGCCUCAGUAUCAAGAUGAACAUUAUGGAGGUCCUACUCGAGGGGAGGCCCAGCGCUGGUUUCAGGACUACGUCGAUUGCAUAUACAAGCACAUAGUGUCGCACUUCAGUAACACAAUGCCGCAUUUUGGCCCGCAAAAUGUUGAAUUCCUCUUCAGUGUGCCGACAACUUGGAAAGAUGUGCGCAUGGUUCAGGAAACACGUGAAAUACUUGAGCGUAUUAUUAACACAAAGAAUCCACGCCAUCGCGCUGUUAUAGGUCUCACCGAAGCAGAGGCCGCGGCGGUGUAUGCUGGAAAUGAACAUUAUUUGGCGGAUGAUACGAUUCUUGUCUGUGAUGCAGGUGGAGGUACCACGGACGUCAAUGUUCUAAAGCUAAUAUCAAAUCGGGGCGAACCGACUAGACUGGAACAACUUGGUCAUGUCGAAGGACAACCCAUCGGCUCUGUUUUUAUAGACAGAAGAAUCCACCAUCUGAUUUACAAGCGAUUAGAAAAGGUUCGGGACCAUCUAGAGAUGUCGCCGAGCGAUGCAGCAUGGAUGAUGAUUUCAGGUCGCUUCCAAAGGAUGAAAUGUGCUUUUGGCACAAAGGCCAUAUUGACACCGUGGUUGACGCUCGAUGUUCCAACGAUAGAAUCAGUGUUGGACUUCCCAGAGGCCGAGAUCUAUCGUGGUCAAAUGCGUAUUGCGUGGGAGCAUGUGCAAGAAUGCUUCGACUUGAUGGCCAAUAAAAUGUGCACUCUUCUAGACGGACAUAUUAGCCAAAUGCAUUCCAAAUACCCAGGUGACCAAAUAACGCACCUUGUUCUUUCGGGUGGGUUUGGAAGCUCUCCGUACAUUAAACAGUGUUUGGUGGAGAAGUUCGGUAGUUUGGCCGUCAACAAGCAUCCGAAUGCUGAAGACAUGCAUAUCCUUCUAGCGGACGAACCCCAACUUGUCGUCGUCCAUGGUCUCGUUCUAGAUCGCAUCCAACAGAUAAAACGCGGAGUGGUCACGUUCGGAUCAAGAUGUCCCCCCGUAAGCUACGGUAUCGUGUGCGACAAGCUCUAUGACCCCAAGAAGCACGUUGGGCAACCCGUGCGUCUGGACCCUCGAGACAACAAUACAUUCGCAGUGGAUCAAAUUGACUGGCUGGUGAUUCAGGCAAGGAUAUAUCAUUUUCCAACUGGCUUGGUACUCCGAGCCUAUUCUCGACCAGGACUUAUUGUUUUUCUUGUACAGGGCACCCCAAUCCCAUCGACUGGUAUGACGAAAGAGUUUCAGCUUAAGGCGGAUCUCGGUCGAGAGAACGAACCCUGGACGGCACAAAUCGUCAUGUCGACCCGCGAUCCCGCCAAUCUGCAACGCAACAUGAGUGAGAACGGCGUUCAAAGAGUAUGCAAUAUUAAUGUUUCCACGAUAGAAGUCGACAAGAAGCUCAAGAAUCGUCACUGGUACAGCGUAAAGCCUCAUUUUUGGCGGAUUGCGUUCGAGGUCAAGGUCAUAGUUGGACCUGCCGAUCUGUCAUUUGAAUUAUGGUCCAAAGAUAAAAAGGUUCGCAGCGAUAAGCACGAGCCCAUUGCAGUAAGUUGGAUGCCGGCGCAGGGAUCAGAGGAAUAAUUUCUGCGCAGCAUGAUUGCAUGUAUAUUAUCUCAUUGGCCAAGGUUGUUGAUAGGGGAGCAAUGUGCUGUAAGCAUUAACCGUGAAUAUUUGAACCCCUUGGUGCUUGCCCAUAUGUGAUACAGAGUGGGCUUCGCUAGUUAAUGAUCCUGGAAAUCUUUCAUCAAUUCAGGCACUUUACUGGCUUCAUGUGUUAAAUACAGCAAAUCUAGCC